AUGGAGUUGUGCCAGAUCCUCUACUCCGAUGAAUACAAGGACACCAUGUCCGCAUUGCGAGAUCACCUCCAGAAUAAAAUCUACACCGAGGAAGCUCUCCAACUAACUGAAGAAGCUCUUGAGCUUUUAGCUUCCCACUACACCACAUGGCAAUACCGCUACACUAUCAUUAAGCACCUUAAGAAGGAUUUGUUUGAGGAGUUGGACUGGUGCGAGUUGGUGGCGCUCGAAAACGAGAAGAACUAUCAGAUCUGGAAUUAUCGCCAACGCAUCAUCGACGACAUCUUAGCUGAUGAGGAAACGGCAUCCAAAUUCGACUACAAGCGGGAAUUGCCGAUUUUGCGCAUGAUGCUUCAGCAAGACUCCAAAAACCAUCACGUUUGGUCGUACCGCAAGUGGUUUGUGGAAAAGUUCGGGCUUUUCGACAAUGCAUCGGAAAUUGAGUUUGUCACUGGAGCAAUUGAUGCCGAUUUAAGAAACAAUAGUGCAUGGACUCAUCGAUUCUUUCUUCGGGCCAAAGGUUCGGGCUUUGACACUGGCUUUGAUGACGAGGUACAGUUUUGUCAGUCCCGGAUCGACGUUUGUCCCCAGAAUCCAUCGAGUUGGAACUACUUGGUUGGUAUGUAUGCUCGGAGCGAACGCAAGUUGGGUGAGUUGAAGGAAUUUUGUGAGAAGUAUGGCGACGUGACCCAGGAUAAGAUUGCCAGUUCAUUUGCAGUCGAGACGAUGGCGAAAAUUGCUGUAGAGGAGAAAAACGGUGAUCGAGCUCGCCAGUUGUAUGAGAUGUUGGCUGAAAAAUACGAUCCCAUUCGGGCCAAUUACUGGAGAUAUAUGAAAGAGAGAGUUUAG